AUGCAGGGGUGGAGAGACGAAAAACUGCUUGUUAGACGUCCCAAGAAAAGAAAUCCGGCAUCUCGAUCUUCAACAGAGGAUAACGCUUUGAAUAGUUUCUUUGUGCCUUACAAGAAAACGCUGCUAAAAGCCUUUUGGCGGUUGAAGAAGGGUUACGGUAGGCAAGAAUGGAGCGAUAUUCUCUCUGGUGAUCGGGCUCACGAACUUGUCAGCAGCAUGGACGACGUGAUGGCUGCAGAGGGUGUGUUUACACCCUUCUGGUCUUGGCAGCUGGAAAUGAGGCUGCCCAAGCCCGAAGAGUCUUCCCUCUAUUCCGAUGAUUUUCUACCUAAACAUACAUCCCGGGGUGAACGCGCGGCUAGGCAGCCGCACAAAUUCCCCUAUCUCUUCGAAAUCAAGAAGACAAAAAAUAGCCAGCUGUUCUUUUUGCUGCGCAGAAUUUCUGAGGCUCAAACGGAACGGAACGAAACGUGCGCAGCUCUUUGUCCGAACAAUACUGAAUGGCUGGUUUGUGACAAACGGCUGGACCGAUGUGUUGCUACGGUAAAUGAGGGAGGUAGCUGCCUGCAUUUGAAGAAAGGAGCCUGCCGGAAUUCGGAGUGCUCACGUGGCAUUUGCAAAGCGAGAGAUAGCUCAAAGGAUAUUCAUAAAAACCUGCAUGCCAAGAAGAUUCAAUAUGAAGAGCCGACAACCACCGUUUCGAUUCCUGAAACAACUGAGGAAAUUUUUGAGGCUUCAGGAGAAGAACCAGCCACUGAAAUUACAUUGAGCGCGGAGCCUGAAGAGAACGCAGAAAGGCGCCGCAAAUUCCGAACUCUGGAUGGUGCACCGGACCCGGAGUUCAAGCCGUUGUUAAUGAAAACGAUCAGAAAAACGGCUGAGAAACCCCAGCUUGUUGCCUUGCCGCCUGUGCCCUCUAUGAAGGAUCUCCCAGAUCCAUAUGUGAAGCCGAAAAACCAGCCAUUUUAUGGAGAAGAGUUGACGAAGAUUCCGGCUGAGCAUGAAGGACCGUUGCUAACCAGUGAAUUACUGCCAAAAGGGACACUUCGAUUCGCUGACUCUGCUCCGUUUCCAACCGUAUAUUUCACCGUGACGGUCAUUGAGGGCGAAUACCGUAAGCGGAAGAGGAGACAGCGAUUCGCUUCCGGAUAUACCGUUUAUACAACCGGAGCUAAUAUGCCUAACGGAUAUACCCAUAAAUUUGAGGGUCAUGUUGUUAAUGGAACUACAGUAUUACGAGUUCUCGACCCCCAAGGAGGUCUUCUCACCGAAUUUAAUGUGACCGUAUUGGACAAACAAGGAAGAACAUGCCAACAAGUCUGUAAAUAUGGAAUCCGAACGUCCUACCGCCAAUGCCUCACCGAUAUCGUCCGCCUUAGUUCGUAUCCCCAGUAUUCUGACCCAAUCACCGUAUAUCCGACUCCAAACGAAGCGUUGCAGUCAGCUUGGCGCGGGCAGGGAUACUUCCGGGAGCGAAAACCUGAUUAUCUAGUCUUUAAAUGUCCUAAUGAACGGAGACAUCGGAAACGUCAUUCUAAAACGGGACGUUUCCAUGUGUCGGUU